CCCGUGCCCCCACUCGAGGAGCCUCACUCUGGAGGAAGACAGUGAACAGGGCGGGCCGGUCAACGUGGCAUCAACGGACCCCCCCUUCCCUGAGUAACACCCCCUGUAUUUACCAAUAACAGGCGCCUGUUUUCCCAGCACUGAACCGUCCUGGCACACGGGGGAACGAAACAAAAAAACCUCCCUCUACCUCGACAAAUAAAUGCCAAGAGAAACGACACAAGCGCAAACAGAUAAGGACCCAGAAGUGGAGACGGACAGUCGGACGAACACGUACUGAAAAACGAAAAGAAAAAGAAACGAACAAACGCCCGCGGACAGCCGUUGCCUUUCUCAAUGCAUACCCUUUGUGCCCGGGGAACGAUGAAACCAGAGAUCAACGCCGCCGUCGGAUUUCUGUCGAGAUUUCUGAGGGUAAAAGGACACGUAAACGAUCGACAGGUCCAAACAUUCAGCCAAAGCUUACAGGACAUUUUGGCAGAGCAAUAUAAGCACCACUGGUUCCCAGACAGGCCCUGCAAGGGUUCAGGUUACCGCUGCAUCCGUAUCAACCACAAGAUGGACCCACUGGUGGGGCAGGCGGGCCAGCGCAUCGGCCUGACCAUCCAGCAACUCUACCUGCUGCUGCCCAGUGAGCUCACGCUGUGGGUGGACCCCUUCGAAGUGUCCUACCGCAUCGGCGAGGACGGCUCCAUCUGCGUCCUGUACGAGUCGCAGCCCUGCCCCCCAGGAAUGCCGGCAAUGGCCGCCGCCGGCUCCCCCUCAGGAAACAGCGGGCCGAUGGGCCCCAUGGUGGACAGUCACAUCAGCUGCAAGGAGGAACUGAUGGUGCUGGGCAGAACCAGUCCCUCCAAAGCCUACAACAUGAUGACUGUGUCCAGCUAAAAAGGGGGCACACUGUCACACCCCCGUCUCCCGGCCUACUUUUGUUCAGGGUCACGCCGUGGCUGGCCAUAUCAUAUGACCAGAUCAGGGUGAGCCUUUUUUUAAAAAGCUAAGAAUAUGAAAUGAAAUAGUGAAAGAAGAAAAAAGCAAAAGAGAAAAAAAAAGCAGAGGAUGUGGCCUGUCGUCCAGGUGAUGGAAACCUUGUAGGUUUGAUAUUUUUUACCCCCUCUCCCCAUUCUCAUCUGUUCUGUUGUGUCAUUGGAUCAGCUGGGCACUCCGUUUUCUAGGAGAGGCUUUGUGGAAAUGGAACUGUUGGGGCAGCUAAACCAACCAACCAACCAACUAACCAGGAACCCCCAUGGAGACUGGCUCCUCCUAUCCUUCCCCCCCUCCCUCGACUGUAAACAACAUGGUGAUCAGCUCCAUCUCCGAAUGGGCUGUCAUUGACUUUGCACUUUUCUUACUCGUGGUUACUAUGGGUACAUGUUCAACACGCCACCGCAAAAAAAAACAAAAAAAAAACACCAACACCUAAAUUGUAAGGAGUUUUUACCAGGAAUCGUUCCCUCGAGUUUUAAAAAAAUCCAGAGGUUACUCAAUUUGCCGUCUUUGCAUUUUGUUUUCGUUUCCUGUGAGGGGCAGGGGAGAUAUUUUUAAGAACAAGCCUUUCACAAAUCCAAGCUCAAGGUAAAGAAACCCCUCCCAAUGAGAGCAUCUCUAUUUUCUAUAACAAAAACAACCCCUUUUGGACCACAGGGAAUUUUCUUUAUCUUGUAGCUGGAACAACAACAACAAAAAAAAGGCUUUCCAUCUUUAACUUCUCCCCUCCCCUCUUUCUGCCAUCAACACCGAGCUUCAGAAAGAAAAAAAAAAACCCUCAUCUCAACCGUCUCUCGGCCUGCAUGUAAGUGCAAGUGGAAUGUGUUGUUGACACCUGUUACCUAUGGAUACCAGCGUGUCCUGUUGCACUGUCGCCCUCCCAUCACCCAUGUAUGUGUAGCUUUCCAGAGGAGGGGGAGGGCAGGAGGAAUAUCCGUCUCCGAACCUCCCCCCUCCCUUUUUUUUUUUUUUUUGUUAAAUGAAUGUUGUUGAAAUUCACAAUCAAGUUCCUGUGUUGUUGUUGUUGCUGUUGUAGUUUUUGCCCCCUUUUUUUUAACCUUCCACCACUUUGUCAUCUCCCGCAUCACCAAAAUUCAAAGUGUAGCAUAAAAAAAGGGGGGGCCUGUUUUUAAAAACCCAAAUCUUUGGUCGUGCGGCCCUGUUAAGAGUUGACAUUGAAUGCACUUUGACGUUAGAUUGUGUGGGAUGAGAGAAAAUCGCCUGCAUUCCAUCCAUUCAGAUGUCAUCUUUUCACACCGUUUUUAUUGCCCUCCUCGUUUUUUUUUGUUUUUAAGCCGUUUGUUCAUACUGUAGCUCCCACGUUAGACUUUAACGUCUAUUGGAUCGGGAGUUUACAACUCUGGAUUUCAAACCCAAUUUUUUUUUUUUUUUUACACUGUAUUUGUGAACAUUUCAGAGCUGUUGAUUCUUAGGUGGAGAGUAUUUUUUUUGGUGGUAUGUUAGAAACAUUCUGUCAUCCGUUCACAUGGCACUGUUCGCUCUGGCAGGAUGCAGAGCUAAGCUGUUUCCCCCCUCAGACACACACACACACACACACACACACACACACACGGUGAUUUGUGUUGCCGAUAGAGAAAGAAAGUUAGUCUUGAAAGGUCUGGACUAAGUGAUGACUGUGUGAGACUUUGGCCAAAGGGAGGUCUGGAGCGCCGACUGUUCAGAGAUUAAUUUUUAACUUGAUUUUAAAAAGCAAACAAACAAACAAAAAACAACACCGGGCCUUGUCAGCCUUCUGUUUUCAUUGAUUUCAACGGGAGAGACUUCUCCUUAUGUGUGCAUUGGAGGUGCAUUGCCUUACGGAGACCUCAUUGUCAUGAAUUAUGAGCCAUUUGUGAUUUUUAAAAACUAAAAUCAGGCUUAUAGUGAGCCAGCCUGGUUCAAUGUGCUGCCUGGACCCUCACUGGAGGUGUUCCCCCUUUUCCAGCCUGGCAGCUUCACCUCCCUCACCUCACCUCCUCCAGGUGUUGUUUUUUUCUUUUGGGAGGGUGGGGAGGGGGAGGUUUUAGAGUGCCUCAAAUGCCACAUAUCACCCCCUCAGCUCAGACCUCCUGUUCAGCCAAAAGCAAGCCAGCACGCUGCUAGCUGACCCCCUGUGGAUGCAGGUAGACUUAAUGUGACACAUAUCAUCGUCCAUCACCGUAAGGGAGCUGGGUAAGGAAGGCAGGGACCGUGGGGAGCUGGUGUGAGAGAGGUAAGGGGGGGGCCAGGGCCGGACACCUUUUGUCCAGGGCAGCUAAAAUCCCUCCAGCCCCCCUCCUCCUCUGGACUUUAUUAAACAUCCCCCACCCUGACCAGAAGCCCUCAACCCUCCCUGAGCAGUGAUGGAUAAAAAAAAAAACAACACAAAACAAACCAGCACACGCGCUUGGCGUGCUCAAGCUGCACUAGGGGGGGCUAGUGAGAGACGAGGAAACAUGGAUCAAAAGAUGAAGAAUUGAGGGUACUAGGCCAUUGUUUUCUGUUUUUCAUCUCACUGGAUUGCGCUGCACUUGAUUUACUGAGUUUGAGUAGCGACUUUGUUUACAUACAUAUGAAAGGAUGUGAUGGCUGUCUGACGUACCCCCACUUCACUCCCGGGUUCUGGUGCCCCGAGAGGCAGAACAGACGCAGGCACGGGGCUUUUCGAGCGUCGCUCGAGCCUUUAGCCGGCUGUCCAAAAUCUGUCACGGCAGGCCUGGUUUUUUCACCGCUCCUCGCCAGACCAAUGGGUGUUUAAGCUCCCCUAAGCCUGAGAGGAUCAUGGGUAAUAGAGCUAUAUCCUUUGACGCACUGCAACCCCCUUAACCCCCCUCCCCUGCUCUCUGCUGAUACUCCCUUCAGCAAUCUGUGAAAAGCAGUGAUUCCAUGUUGGCCAGAUGGAGAGGAGCUCGCUGGGAUGGGAGCCCGGAGCUUCGGUUUCCAUGGUGGACACCAGUUUUUAAAUCGCGCUGCUCCAUUAUAGCUUUUUUUGAAAUGUCAUGUUAUGAGAUUGGUCUAUAUUUCGGACGUGAGAUAAUCGUCUCGUCUCACUUUUUCCUCUAUAUGUACUUAAAUGGUCACACUGGUAGAUUUUGUUUUCAUCUUUCCACUCUGCCAUCCACAUUCUCUCCUUUGUUUUUAAAGUCUGGUGAUCUAACCCACUUUUAACAGACGUUUUUAAAAUUUAAAAAAUAUAUAUAUAUGAAAUCCCCCCCUCCCCCUUCAACACCUUCUCAACUCUACUACCACCACCACCCGAAAUGGUUUAAGUCCUCAGUAAUGUUGAUUAUAUAAAUGGCAUCCAUUCAGCUUGUGCGCACAUAGGUUACAAGAAAUGUCGUGAGAGUGCUUCGAGUAGUCAAGAGGUAAAAUAGCACAUAAAAUGCACUAAAUAUGUCAAGUUGAAGUUGUGACAUUUUCUUUUUUUUCUUCAAAUGAGACGCGAGGAGUCUCUCCUGGAAUGUAUUGCCAAACUCAGGCCUCGGACAUUCAAUAAAUACCCUUGUGGAAAAGUUGUGCAUGUUAAGACAUGAAGCAGGAAGGGAACAGCAGUUUCGUUGUUGUUUAUCGUCGAAAAAAACUUUAAAAAAUUGUCAUUUUUGAUUAGUUGAAUUAUUGCCACUUUCACAUUUGAGGUGUUUUUACAUAUUGUAGAAUGUAUUGUAACUGUACAACAAAUGGUAGAGUACAUAACAUUACACAUGGGAAGUGCCAAUAAUUGCUAUCCUGAGGUGUUUUUAGAUGUAUUCCUUUUUUUUGUAUUUCAUCUUUUAACAUGGAUAACGCUUUUUCGUAAGUGAAGCCAUUUGUGAUGGGAGUGUUGGCAAGGACCAAAGUUGUUUUGGUAAAAAAAAAAUAUUAGUUUCCAUGAUCUGUAAGUGUAGACGUAUCCUUUUGUUUUUUUUCUUCUUUUUCUAUUUUGUUUCUCUAUUUUUUUUUUUUUUCUAUUUACCUACAAAACCAGAAAAUAGACAAAAAAAUCUGAGCUUACCCAAGAAGAAAAGCUGUCUAUCUUGUGAUCUCAUGUCAGUACAUCUUUAUCGUGUUCAGUUUCUUUUCCUUGGGUAUGUUGUGAUGAACUGCUGUAAAUUUGUACAGUUCAUGUAAAUUGAUUGUGCGGAAGUUGUACAGAUUUCUAUAUUUUGGAAGAAAAGUUUUUUUUCUCUGUAAUAAAAGAUUUCCUAUCUUGGCAUCAUA